AUGCGGCCUGGACUCGCGAGCAACAUCCAGGAACCCCUCUUCCUAAAGGGUCACGUGAUCCUCAUAAGUCAGGAUGUAAACAAUGGAGGAGGAAGGAGACGCCGUGUUGGCCAAAGUCAACAAAAUCUCUACUAUCUUCUCUUCUUGACAGAUACGGUGACCAGACCGCCAGGACUAAUUAACAUUGAGAAAUUGAACAAGCAGAAUGCCCAAGCAGUCAAAACACAACCACAGAACCCUGAGGAAUUUUAUAACCGAGUCAGUUCCUUCAGACCAGGAUUGUGGAAUGUGCAAGAAUUGACCCCUUUGGAGUGUGCAAGAUGGGGCUGGCGUAUCCAGGAAAAGGAUGUUCUUCAGUGCGUCACUUGCCGAGAGGUUGUGUGUGCAAUCCUACCUGAUGUUCGGGAUUUCAAAGCUUAUGAAAAGUACCUUGGUCUGUUGAAAAGCAGGAUAGUAGAAGCCCACAAAGAUGCCUGUGGUUGGAAACACAACCCAAGUCCUGAAGAGUUUGUCCAGCCACCUUAUAUUGGUUCUAUUGAAGACAUGCGCAAUCUCACAAAUUCUGCUCGGACACUGGCUGCCCUAAAUUCAGCUCUUCCCUACCUUGAUGUUGAAGCUUUAUCAGAUAGCCUUGGAGCAGAUAGAGACCUUAUUGUGGGAUUGUUCCAAAAUGAUAGCACCGAUUAUGAAGUCCAGGCUUCCAGUGUGCUAUUGGUUUUGAGUGGAUGGAUUCGUGGUGAAGGAGCAUAUUUAAGGUGCAAAGUCUGCAGAAGAUCAGUGGGACUCUGGAGUUUCAUAACCAGAGCUGAUGAAUUAGAAAGGGCUCAUGCAGUCUCUCCUGCUGCUACACCAUCAGGAAAGAGAAAGAGAAAUGAAGAGCAGGUUCAGGAGACUGUGGAAGAUGAAGAGAUGGAUCAGGAAAACAUUGAGGGACCCAGUCCUGCAGGUAGUAGGAUAUGUCCACCAAGGAAAUGCAAGCACCUGAAGACUGAUAACAAAGACAGUGACAGUGGGGAGAAAAUCAAUGAAGAAGACAACACAGCAGGUGAAGAAGGUGAAAGAAAGGGGGAAGAAAAUGUACAAAAGGAGCAGGAAAAAGAGAUGGAAGUUGGGGAUGGUGACAAAGAGAAAGAAAAUGGGCAAAAAGAAGAGACCAUAGCAAAGGGAGCAGAAGGAGAAAAAACAAAUGAAGGUGAAGUACAAGAAAAGAUGGAAGAAGGAAGUCCACAUAAUGUAAAUAACAAAGAGGACAAUUCAGGUAAAGAGAUGGAUUCAGAAGAGAGGAAGAAAAUGGAGGAAGGAGAUGAAAAGGAAAGAGACAAACUUCAAGAGGAGGCAGGAGCAAAUAACAAUUCAGAGGAAAAAGAAAACGAGGCAGUUGACAAUGGAAAGGAAGAUGAGAAGAAAGAAGAACAGCAGAAAGAAAAAGAUUCUGAAAAUGGCAAAAAUGAAUCCCUAGCUGGGAACAAGGCAGAGAAAGAUGACAUAGAAGAUGAGUCGGAAAAAAACAAAGGAAGUGAUAAUGAAAAGAGUGAGGAAAUGGCAGUUGAAAAUAAGGAAGAUGAGGAAAAAACUGUAAAUGUUGAUUCUAAGUCUGAAGAAAAAAGACAUACCCCAGACAAUUCUGAUGCAUCAGAAGACAGCAGAAAAGAUUCCCCAAAAGAUAUUGACACAAAAGCUUCUCAAGCUGAAAAGGACAAGCAAGGUGGUGAUGAAACUGCUGACAAGGAGAAGGAAGAAGAGAGUCCCAAAAAAAUAAAUUCAACAGGAGAUAAGGAGCAGAGAAGCAAGGAGAUGAGUAGGGUACAGGAUAGCUGCACCAGCCAAAAGAAAUCAACUCUUCCAAGUCCACUGAUAAUUGGUUCUUCUCCCUCUACACAAAUUAGAAAGAUUGGGGAAAAGCAGUACUUCCAUCCCUUAGAAGAGCAUCGGCACUGGUGUACCUGGACAAUGAAGAUCCUUCUUGAAGAGAUUGAUGAGGAAAUGUCUCUUGAGAAAAGGGGUUAUCAGAUGGUGACUGAGCAAGCUAGGGAUAUUUUGGAUUUCGCAAGCAGAAAAGAUCUCUGUUCUUCAGAGAAAUAUAUAAGAAAUGUAGAAGGAUUGCGUUCCAUUCGCACAAUGCUAAAUGGAUUGGCCUCAAUUGACACCUGGCUGAGUGAAGAUAUUGCAGAGAAAUAAGUGAACAGUUGUGGCCAAGACUCUUCUAUAUAUUUUUUCUAAAUCACCUCAUAAGUUUUCUUUGGUGCAUUUUUAUACAAAUAUACAAGUAUAUUUUCA